GAGUAUAAAUCCAUAAGUACCACAGCAGAGUUAUUCCUCAUUGAUUUUUCACGACAUUUGGUUUGAUAGUGUCAACAAAAGCAAGAAAGUAAGACGGUUAUAAGUGAGGGCAAUUCGACAAAAAAGGCAAAAAGUGAGAGACUCUCGAGACAAAAUUUACUUUUACAGUUUAUUUCAAGUAUAGUAGGCUAAGCUGUAAAUGUGUUUUAUUUUUUGCCUUUGCCUCUUUUUUUGGUCUUGAACUCACAAGACCAGAUAGUCAACACAUGGCAUGUGUGGCGCAGACACGCCCCCCUAAAGCCUACAGGAGAUGUAAAGGUGAAGGCAGCUGAGAGAGUGAAACAUCCAAUUUGAACAACAGAGGGGCGGAUUAGGAGUGUGUGAGCAUUCUGUGUACACACACAGAGACAGACACACACUCCUCUAAACGUGUAGGGUUAGUGUAUCAGCACUCAUAUCUUUGGACUGAGGAUUUGUACAGUAAUGUGCAAAGGUCAAGGUAUGUCAGAGAGAGGUCUGCUCAGCCAUCAGGUAAGACUUCUGGUGAAAGUUCAAUCCAAAUAUUUCAUCGAUUGAUUGGGUUUUUUUCUUUCAAACCACAGUAAAGGUUGGCUGCUCUUACUAAAAGAAAUGUGGUUAGACCUGUCGUUCUUGCAGAGAGCAGUGUAAAGAAGUGUGCAUUGCGACAACUCACCAAUGGAUCAGUUACUAAUCAUACAUUUUAAAUACAGGGAUAUUUGAUGAUAUCUGACUUUUUUGAUCGUAAACCUUUGUAUAGUAAAAAUGCAACCACAGCCUUUUCAUUAAGGUAUAUUUCUCCAUGAAGUUUUCAUUUGUUUACUACCAUUGCAACUAAGAAGAGUCAAUUCCAAUGUGUACUUUUCCUUUACACUUUCAAUAAGUACAGAUAUUGCACACAGAAUUGCUUUGACUACUUCUGUCUGUCAUUUUGAGGGGCCUCUCUGGUCAUGUUUAUCCCGCACAUGUGCCUUCACUUAGGUUGUUUAAUUAGCUCUCUUCACUGCUCUUUGUGGGUGUGCAACAAAAGGCACUCCACUGACAUCUCCCUCACUGUGCUUUUCAGUUGGGUUGCACCUUGUUAUGAUGGGACGACCCACGUCUUCAUUUCAUUGGUUCAUAGAGCGACAUCACAGGCUCCAACCAACUUCAGCUGAAGAUCUAAUCAGCCAGAAAAAUUUAAAACACCUGUGCAGAGAUUUUAACAAGAGUCCUUUCAGUAGCAGACACACAUAUAUAUUUCUAAAAGCUUCAAAUAAGAUGGCUGUAAGAUAAACCUCUGUUCUAUUAAUGUUUCAGUAAACCCUGUGAGCAUCGACGCAGUAGAAAUAUUGCUGUUUCCUCUAAGUUUAACAUUAAAAGUCCUUCUGGUUGAGUUUGCAGAGUCCUUUCACUUUAAAAGUGACUUGUAUUGUGAAACAUCAACAGGAAGUCUUUGACUUUGAUGACUUGACAACCUGAAAGCUUGUAAAACUGGUUGAAUGCUAUUAAACUGAAUUAAUGUAGACAUACUAGACAGAGGGAAUUGUACCUCAGACUCCUCUUGAUGAAUCUGGUGUAUUUUAUCUCAGCACGGUUUAAACAACUUGUUUAGGAACGAGGCUACUGAAGUAUGAGAUCUGACACUUAUCCAUGUUGGCUAAAGGAGAGACCUAAAGCAGAGAAGACACACGACAUACAACUCUAAUCUAAUCGUUGACAACAUUACACAGAUCCAGUUUAUGAACUCUCUCAAGUAUAAAUCUCUGCCAUGUUUUAUCUCAUGACAUUGCUCGCUUGUGUGCCAAAGUAUCGGGGGAGUGGAUUUGUUAUCAGCAGCUUUACAUGAUCUGGUCAAAGUGCGUGUUGCAUGUCAGGCUUUUCCUCAGCUGGUCAAUCUGCAUCCAUUCAAAAAACUCUGGAAUAAACUUUGACAAGGUAAUGUGUUCAAAAGGAAACUUCAAAUUUGUUCUCCAGCAUGGCUGUUAAUGACUUUUAGCCAAAGGUAGUUUGCUGUCGUACAAGCUUGACUCUGUUCUUUUAGUGAGUGAAAUGAAACUAUCUUACUGUCUAAGUUUGCCUCUGAGCUUGUUCAUGAGCGAGUCACUUCAUCAAGCUGCUGCAUGCUUUGCAAGUUUGUGAGUCCAUGACUUCCCCAAAGGAAGAUCACAAGCUGAAGUGCUGAUUAGUGGUUCAGUCUGAUCUCUGUCACAAAGGCAUUUAUCAUACAUUUUUAGAUAAAGAAACUUCUGUCAUUUCUACUGCUGCUCGAACUGUAACCUUUCAUGAAUGAAAGCACUGUUUCAAAUGGAAGUAAUUGCUGGAUAUUGAUGAUGUGGCCUCCAGGUUGCAGGAAUGACUAAAGAAAAAACUCAAUGGAAGGAGUUUAUAGAGGCAAUAAGUGUUCUGCAAUGGGUGCUAUCUUUCCUAUUCCUCGGUAAGGAUUAUCCACAAACACCCCCCUUUUAUAAAAUACAUGUAGUUGUGACAUUAUCUGUAAAACACUGUGAGCUAAUUGUUAACAUGUCUUGUAACCCUCAACAUGGACUGUGACCCCACAAAUACAUUUCCAGGAGUGUCGUGUAGCAUCUUAAUGGUGUACUUGAUGUUUACCUCAUUAUGGCCGCUCUCCACUCUGUACUUCAUUUGGCUGGUGUUGGACUGGCAAACCCCUGAAAAAGGUAAUAAUAAUAAUAAUAAUAAAUUGAAUUUAUAUAGUGCCUUUCAAAGAAUUCAAGGAAAUUUUUAUCUAUUUAUACAUAAAGAAUAAUAUUGAUUGAUGUAUACUAGCUACAAGUAAGAUGAGCAAUAACAUAACCCCAAUACUGGUAUUGAUUAAUAAUACGAUAUAAACAGAGUAUAAGUGUAAAGUUAAAUUAUCAGCUACAUCAAAAUUGACUUAACUCUGUGUAUGAAGCAUGAUCACAUGUUUAUUGUACACAUUUUUUCAUUACAAUAAAAUGUAAAAACAACAAAUGACAUAAUUCAUUGUUGGUCAAAUGUGUAUGUGCUGGCUGUUUUGACUCCCCACAAACUCAAAGUCCUAACAGUUUUUAUUUAAAAAAAAUGCAGAAACAAAUUUAUUAGUACAUUUCUUAACAUUUAGGACCAAAGUUUGUGGUUGAAAAUUAGGAUGUACUCUCAAAACCAAAAAUUUAAAUGUCUUCUUCAGGGGGCUGGAAUAAACGCUAUGUGAGAAAGUGGAAAGUAUGGGAGCACAUGAGAGAUUUCUUCCCUAUCAAGGUAAGCUCAUCUUUACAUCUUAAACUGGGCUUUUCCCUGUUGUAUGAUUUAGUUAAAGUUGGUUGAAGCACAUUUAUGAGAAAGAGAAAACCCUUUUGGAAACAGAUAAUCCUGACGACAUGUUAUCUUAUUUUACACACGAACAUAAAGCACUGGCGUAAACAUUUCAAACUUCAAGGAUAAACUCGACAAGUGAAAUUAGAUAUUGAAAAUCAAUGUUUUUUGUUUUUACAAAUUACAACAUUUCACUGAGAUAGUGAUAUAGAAAUCCAUCUUUAGGACAAAAACUUUUCAUUAUGAAGGAUUCUAAUCAGCACACUUGUAUCAGCACCAGAAACUACUUCUAAUACAGUAUUCAUAUUGGAGCUGUCAUUCUAUUACAUGAUAUACUGUCAGAGUUUUUGUGUUUACCAGCAGAGACUGGCUUUGACCGAACCUUUCUGUCUGUGUUGCUCUCGCUCAGCUGGUAAAAACAGCUGACCUGAAUCCAAACAAGAACUACAUCUUAGGGUGUCACCCGCAUGGUAUCAUGAGUGCUGGAGGCUUUACCUGCUUCAGCACGGAGAGCUGUGGCUUCGCCGAGCUGUUCCCUGGAGUGAGGGCCACCCUGGUCAUACUGGCAGGACUCUUCAGGUUACCGCUUUUCAGGGAGUACAUCAUGUGUGCAGGUAUUUACAACAUUAAUCAGUUAAAACAAUUCAACCUUCGAAAUAUAUCCGGAAACAAUUUUAGUGGGUAUGUGGUAAAAAGUGUGAAAGGGAUGAGCUGGUUGAGGGUGACAUUUUAAUUUUUGAACCUUAAAUACAUCCAGUUUUAUUAUGAGUGAAACAAGUCCCGCAAUUGUGUAUUUAAUUGUAGUUCCAAUCCUGUCUUACUUUCAGGUAUGUGUCCAGUCAGCAAGCCGAGCAUUGCCCACCUCCUCUCACAGAGUGGCAAGGGAAAUGCGGUAGUGAUUGUCAUAGGGGGCGCUGCUGAGUCUCUGGCAUCCGCUCCUGGAAUCAACACAGUAGUCAUGAAGCACAGAAAAGGUUUUGUCAGAGUGGCCCUUGAGUUUGGGUGAGUGCACGCUUUAAAAAAAUGUGUCAGUUGUCAGUGGGUGUUAUUGUACUCACAUGUAGCAAGGAGCCUCCCACACACACACGCACACACAUUGAUGUAAUCUCUGCUGAUGCUCCACAGGGCUGAUCUGGUGCCUGUUUACUCAUUCGGAGAGAAUGAGCUGUUUCAGCAGGUGAUUUUCUCCGAUGGCAGUCUGGGUCGGAGGUUACAGGAUUUGUUUAAAAAGAUUAUGGGGUUUGCCCCAUGUCUAUUUGUUGGUGAGCGCAUUGCUUUCCUGCCCUACAAGACUCCAGUCACCACUGUGGGUGAGUGUUUCAUUAUUCUGUGGACAAACAUUACUCACAGGUCUGGGCAAAUUUAAUUCUAACACUUUGCCUCCUCUAGUGGGAAGUCCAAUCUCUGUGCCAAAGCGUGCCACUCCUACUGAUGAGGAGGUCGACCACUAUCAUAAACUCUACAUGGAGGCUCUGGCCAAGUUAUUCCAUGAACACAAAGUCAGCUGUGGACUGUCUGAGAGUCACAAGCUGCAGAUCAUUUAGAUUGUUCACUCUGCAACAAACUCUAAGGCUGUUUUCAUACCACUUUUUUGUGGACUGAUAUGGUAUUGACCUUAACUUUUUACUGUGCUUUAAUCCUGAGAGUUUCUUUGUUCAUACUGUAAGUUUGGUCUCUUUCUGAAAAUAUUUAACAAGAAUAUGCUCCAUUAAAAAAUAUCACGACUCUGUCUUGGUUUGCUGUCUUUUGUCUCGAUUUUUGCAGUCAAGGCAAAUGUAUUAUUUGUCUAUUUUAGAUUUGCAAUGAAAAACAGUGAGUAGGAAACAUGCAUCAGAUUAAUUAUUGUCUUUUUCAAAAGUGUUGACAUGCUUGCUAAAGUCCUGCUGGUGUAUUUUUAUGUAUUUGGCAGAGAAGAUAUUAAAGUGUAAGCAGCUCAGUUUUUUCACCAAUCUCAGGAUAAAACAUUAACUUAUAAAAUUACUACUGAAAUAUUUGUACAUGUUGAGACUAAAUAUCUAAUUGAAAAGUAUACUGAAUGUUUGUUGCAUUUCCUAGCUAUCAUUCUUGCCAUAAAAUGUUUUUUAGGCAUACAUGUGUAGUUCAGCGGUUUACCCACAAGAGGGCAACAACUCAACAGAUCUACUGUAACUCCUUCAAUGAAAAAAAUGAAUAAAAACACUUAAAUUUGUGGAGAAAA